AUGUCCAAGAGAAAGUGUAGCUCUCCAGCAAUUUUGAACGCAGAACUCGAAGCUGUCCGCGGGAAGGUCUCCCUUGAAGAGACAGAGGAGUCAUGGGACAAGAUCGAGCAGGGCAUCGUGCAGCUCACCCAAUGUUGUAAUAACGGUGGAUGCGACUUCGCCACGGAAAUGGUCGCUGGUAUACGCUCGCUUUCUAGACCUAUCAACCACGCUAUGAAUUCGGAGCGUAGUAGGCUCUCAGGUUCCACGAUCGAACUUGUGAAGGCUCUGUUAACCGGCCUGGGCUCCUCAUUUGAGCCCCUCGUCUCGCUGUUUAUGCCGACUCUUCUCGGGCUUUGUGGCCGGACCAACAAGGUGUUCACAAGCCGAGCAAAGGCGUGCAUUCUCGCUGCAAUUGAAAAUACUCAAUCGACUUCCAUUCUGCCGUAUCUGGCAGACUCUUUAACCCAAAAGUCGGUUUCUCUGCGUUUAGUGGCUGCAGAGGGUGUCCUUGCUUGCCUAAACUGCUUCAAUCCUCCUGAUAUUGAGAAGGACACGCGUGCUCGACUUAUCGAAGACGUUAUCAAGUUGACUGCCCGGGAUGCCAGCGCAGACGUUAGAAGAGUGGGAAAGUUGAUUUUUGAGGCAUAUAAAGCCCUUUUACCUGAUCGCGUAGAUAGUUUCAUUGCGCCCUUAACCCCUGUCAUCAAGAAGUACUUAGACGUGAAAGGGACAGUUGCUUCACGGUUGGCUGCACAAGCAGUUUCCCGUGGUCCCGCAGCGACAGGAAGAGUGACCUCAAAGCCAAUCGGGUCCCUCCAGGCUCAGAAGACGAGUUCUCAUUCUAGAACUCCAUCUACGCAGAGCACUACCUCCACUCGUGCUCCCGGGAAACAUGCAGAGAGACCCAUACGCCCUCCUAGCUCUGAGCUGCCGCGAGAGGUACCUACAGCAAGGCCACGUGCUGUGUCAAGUCAAGCAACAUCUAGUGCAAUUGCGGGGCCAUCAGUGAGGGAAACAUCUCGCCAAGGUGCACUCCGUCCCCCAUCGGUGGAAACAGGUCCAUCCACUAUGCAUAGCACAAAUCGACGGAAGGACAUCUCACGUCCUCCAGUUCCCACUAUACAGGGCCCUCAGCGAGUAGGCACUGUGCUCAUGAAGUCACACGACGAGAAGCCUCGUGUUGGAGGAGGAGCUCGAAGAGUUCUCAUUCCCACAGCUCCUUUACCAGAAACCAAUGACACCACGACAAUACGGCCGGUUUCAAAGACCGGUCCUCCUUCAACCAAGCCAACUUCGGUUAACUCACUCGCACAAUCUGUUCCGAAACGAGAUUCACAGAAUGAUCCAGUAACCACAAAGAUUAGCUCAACUGCCCCAGCUCGCGCUGCGUCGUCAGCGGUCACUGCUACCACCAGACCGUCAUCUCGAACGGGACCACGGCCAGUGACAAAAUUAGACAAUCCGCCGACCAAGAGUACAAGUUCUCGGCCUGGUAGGUCACGGUCACCGACCGCGGAGGUUGAGCAACAGCAGACUUCCCGCAAGCAGGUUGUUGAACCAAGUCGUUCUAGCCAGCAAGCUGCAGUUCAGAAGAAGCCGGUGUGGGGAGGACGGUCGUCGGGCAAACCGUCUAAGCCUGUCGUCAAGGGACUUUCGAUACGUCCCAAGCAGGGCGGGGUGAAGAGUUCUGACACUCGCAAGCCCGCACCGGAACACGUACCAUUGCCUCCCAGUCCCACUGUAUGUCCUACUGCAGUGCCUCUGCCAUCUUCUCCACCUUGUAGUCCCCGUCAGUCACCUCAGCUCGAGCCACCAGCGUCAGGAGGGCAAUCCAUGCAAUUUACUAUCGAUGAUACACAUGUCGCAAAAGAUGUUCGUCCUCCCUCCACCUCCAUUGAAGCUACGCCUCUGCGCAACGUGAACCUUCAGGAGUCCCCAUCCAAAACACCCAUAACAGCUCUCCUUUCAUCCAUUCAACGUGGAUUCUUAUUUACACCUUCAUCGCCGCUCUCACCUCCCCAAGCUUAUGUAACUGAAAUCAUUGCUCAUACAUACCGCCCGAACAGCCCAACAGCUCACAAAGACAUAGCCUGCGUUGGUGUCAUUUAG